AUGCAGAAGAGCGUGCGGUACAACGAGGGGCACGCCCUGUACCUGGCGCUGCUGGCCCGCAAGGAGGGCACCAAGCGCGGCUACCUCAGCAAGAAGACGGCGGAGACCAACCGCUGGCACGAGAAGUGGUUCGCCCUCUACCAAAACGUGCUCUUCUACUUCGAGGGCGAGCAGAGCGCCCGGCCCGCCGGCAUGUACAUGCUGGAGGGCUGCAACUGCGAGCGGGUGCCCGCUCCCAAGGGAUGCGCCGCGGGCAGCGCCAAGGAUGCCGCGCUGGACAAGCAGCAUUACUUUACUGUUCUCUUUGGCCACGAGGGGCAGAAGCCACUGGAGCUGCGUUGUGAGGAUGAGGUUGAUGGAGAUGAGUGGGUAGAAGCUAUUCACCAAGCAAGCUACUCGGACAUCCUGAUUGAGCGGGAGGUGCUGAUGCAGAAGUACAUCCACCUGGUGCAGAUCGUGGAGACCGAGAAGGUGGCGGCCAACCAGCUCCGGCACCAGCUGGAGGACCAGGACACAGAGAUCGAGAGGCUCAAGUCAGAGAUUGUAGCACUGAAUAAAACAAAGGAAAAAAUGCGACCUUAUCAAGGCAACCAGGAAGAUGAAGAUCCAGAUAUUAAAAAAAUUAAGAAGGUUCAGAGCUUUAUGCGGGGCUGGCUGUGCAGAAGAAAAUGGAAAACCAUUGUCCAAGACUAUAUCUGUUCCCCUCAUGCAGAGAGCAUGAGGAAGAGGAACCAGAUAGUUUUCAACAUGGUGGAGGCUGAGUCUGAGUACGUGCACCAGCUUUAUGUCCUGGUGAACUGCUUCCUGCGGCCCCUGAGGAUGGCAGCGAGCUCCAAGAAGCCGCCCAUCAGCCACGACGACGUCAGCAGCAUUUUCCUCAACAGUGAAACAAUCAUGUUUCUUCAUGAGAUAUUUCACCAGGGCUUAAAAGCAAGAAUAGCUAACUGGCCUACCUUAAUUCUAGCUGACCUAUUUGACAUUCUGCUGCCAAUGCUGAACAUAUAUCAAGAAUUUGUUCGGAAUCAUCAAUAUAGCCUACAAGUGCUGGCAAACUGUAAGCAAAACAGAGAUUUUGACAAACUCUUGAAGCAAUAUGAAGCCAACCCAGCAUGUGAGGGCAGAAUGCUGGAAACUUUCCUUACCUACCCCAUGUUUCAGAUUCCCAGAUAUAUUAUAACACUUCAUGAACUUUUGGCUCACACACCACACGAACACGUUGAGAGAAAAAGCCUUGAAUUUGCUAAAUCUAAACUGGAGGAACUUUCAAGAGUGAUGCACGACGAGGUGAGUGACACAGAGAACAUCCGGAAGAACCUGGCCAUAGAGAGGACCAUAGUGGAGGGCUGUGACAUAUUGCUAGAUACCAGCCAAACCUUUAUACGCCAAGGUUCCCUUAUCCAGGUCCCCUCAGUUGAGAGGGGAAAGCUGAGUAAAGUUCGCCUGGGCUCAUUGUCUUUGAAGAAAGAAGGAGAAAGACAAUGCUUCUUGUUUACAAAACACUUCUUAAUUUGUACAAGAAGCUCAGGAGGAAAACUGCAUCUUCUUAAGACAGGAGGUGUUCUGUCUCUGAUAGAAUGCACUCUAGUCGAGGAGACAGAAGCGAGUGAUGAUGAUUCAAAAGGCUCUGGGCAAGUGUUUGGACACCUGGAUUUCAAGCUGAUAGUGGAGCCCACGGAUGCUCCUCCUUUCACUGUUGUCCUUUUGGCCCCAUCACGGCAGGAGAAAGCUGCGUGGACAAGUGACAUCAGCCAGUGCAUUGAUAAUAUAAGGUGCAAUGGAUUAAUGACAAUAGUGUUUGAAGAAAACUCCAAAGUCACAGUGCCACAUAUGAUCAAAUCUGACGCCCGUCUUCACAGAGAUGACAUUGAUAUUUGCUUCAGCAAAACACUGAAUUCCUGCAAAGUGCCCCAGAUCCGCUACGCGAGCGUGGAGCGCCUCUUGGAGCGGCUGACGGAUCUGCGGUUCCUGAGCAUCGACUUCCUCAACACCUUCCUGCACACCUACCGCAUCUUCACCACCGCCUCCGUGGUCCUGGAGAAGCUCUCUGACAUCUACAGGCGCCCCUUCACCUCCAUUCCUGUCAGGUCCUUGGAGCUGUUCUUUGCCACCAGUCAGAACAACAGAGGGGAGUACCUGGCUGACGGGAAGUCGCCACACCUCUGCCGCAAGUUUUCCUCUCCUCCUCCCCUGUCCCUCUCCAGGACCUCCUCACCCGCCAGGACCCGCAAACUCUCCCUGACCUCGCCGCUGAACUCCAGGAUCGGCGCCCUGGACCUCUCAGCCUCGUCUGCGGCCAGCAGUCCUACCUCAAACUACAGCCCGGCCACGUCCCCACCGCCCACGGGCAGCAAGGCGCCGCUGGACCUGAGCCGGGGGCUGUCGUCCCCCGAGCAGAGCCCGGGCUCGGCCGAGGACAGCCUGGAGAACCCGCGCCUGGACCUCUGCAACAAGCUGAGGAGGAGCAUCCGCAGAGCAGUUCUGGAAACUGUGUCAGUGGACAGGACCAUUCCUGAGAGCACCUCCGUGGUGGACACUGCAGAGCUGUCCCCGUGCAGGUCCCCUUCGACGCCGCGUCACCUCCGCUACCGGCAGCCAGGAGUGCAGACUGCUGACAACAGCCACUGCUCGGUGUCUCCUGCUUCUGCUUUUGCCAUUGCCACAGCAGCAGCCGGGCACGGGAGCCCGCCAGGGUUCAACAACUCGGAGCGCACGUGCGACAAGGAGUUCAUCAUCCGCAGGGCCGCCACCAACCGCGUCCUCAACGUCCUGCGCCACUGGGUCUCCAAACACUCACAGGAUUUUGAGCUGAACAACGAGCUGAAAAUGAAUGUGUUAAAUUUGCUGGAGGAAGUUUUGAGAGACCCUGACCUUCUGCCACAAGAAAGGAAAGCCACUGCAAACAUACUGAGGACUCUUUCUCAGGAUGAUCAAGAUGAUAACCAUUUGAAAAUAGAGGAUAUCAUUCAGAUGGCAGACUGCCCCAAGCCCGAGUGCUUCGAGACGCUGUCGGCCAUGGAGCUGGCGGAGCAGAUCACCCUGCUGGACCACGUCGUGUUCCGCAGCAUCCCCUACGAAGAGUUCCUUGGGCAGGGCUGGAUGAAAGUGGAUAAAAAUGAGAGAACUCCCUAUAUUAUGAAAACUAGUCAACAUUUUAAUGAUAUGAGCAACCUGGUGGCCUCUCAGAUCAUGAGCUACGCGGACGUGCCCUCGCGGGCCAGCGCCAUCGAGAAGUGGGUGGCGGUGGCCGACAUCUGCCGCUGCAUGCACAACUACAACGGCGUGCUGGAGAUCACCUCGGCCCUCAACAGGAGUGCCAUCUACAGGCUCAAGAAAACCUGGGCCAAGGUGUCCAAACAGACAAAAGCACUCAUGGACAAACUUCAGAAGACUGUGUCAUCUGAGGGAAGAUUUAAAAACCUGAGAGAAAUGCUCAAAAACUGUAACCCACCUGCUGUUCCCUACCUUGGGAUGUACCUGACUGACCUGGCAUUUAUUGAGGAAGGAACACCCAACUUCACUGAGGAAGGCCUUGUCAAUUUCUCCAAAAUGAGAAUGAUCUCGCACAUCAUCAGGGAAAUCCGCCAGUUCCAGCAGACCUCCUACCGCAUCGAGCACCAGCAGAAGGUCACUCACUACCUGCUGGACAAGAGCCUCAUCAUCGACGAGGACACCCUGUACGAGCUGUCCCUGAAGAUCGAGCCCCGGCUGCCCGCCUGAGCCCUGCACAGCCCCGCUCACAGCUCUGGGAUGGGAACCACGCCUGCCGCCACCCAAACACAGCCAGACACGCUCUGACCAGAGUGCCAGCUCUCUUUUCCUAUAAGAGAUACAGAGUCUCACUGCCUUUCCCUCUCAGGCAACACAAACCUGUGUUGGAGGUGAAAGGCAGAGACCCUUCCUACCCAGCUUAAGCUAUUUCUGCUUUGCAAAGAUCAUGUUUGGCGCUAGGGACCAUGAUUUCCUGGGAAACAGGAGACUUUCCUGUGAACAGGCACUCACUGCAGCCAUCUCACGUGGCAAAUCAAGGGUACAGAUUUAAAUGGUGGUAAUAGACUCGGGUGUGUUAGGAUAAAUAAGCAAAGUGAGAUGGCUGGGUUGAUGGCUAACUAUGUGUUCACUGAGGCAGUAAUGGCUAUGGUGUUCUCAUUGUGUUAAUGUCAUUGAAAAAGCAGGAUUUUAGCACUCAUCUACUACUUGGAGUGAUAGUAAGACAGUAUCUAGUAACUUCAGAUCUGCAGUUGUUUGAAACACCUGCUGUACAUUUCAUGCUACUUGUUACAAAGCAUUCUCUUCUUUAAAUGUCUCAUCAGCCUUUUCUAAGGUGACUGAUUGUAUCUGUAUAAAAAGUAUUUGUAGCUAUGUUUUUCAUCAGUGAGAGUAUUUGCAGCAUGGGAAGCAAAUGGACUGGUGGAAUAGUUGUAAAUAGUUGCCAGCUAUUGAGUGAGGGACCCAGAGGAGUGGUGCAGGGGAUGGAGAGUUGUGGUGCACACAGCUCUGGAAGAGGCACUUUAUUUUCCUGCACCUCCUGCAGCUUCUCUGACAAGUCAGGCUACAGGGCACAUUCUGGACACACUGUGGGGAGAAAUACGUGUCUGUCUGGCAGCAGGUGGUGAUCAGCUGUGAGCACUUGGGGCUGCAGUGGCAGUUUUGUUGUACGUGGAAUCAGUAGUUUUUGGUUUCUUUGGGGUUUUUUUUGUUCAGCCAUUUGGUGUUGACUUAGCUGUGAAACUGAACGUAUCAGUGGCAAACAUUGAAUGCCAGCACACACAAAGUAUGUAUUUUUAUCUGAGCUGGUAACUAUAAC